UAAAGGUGUGGUAGAUAGACGUGCAGAAGCCUAACAGUUUCGAUGAGCACACAAGAAGCACGGAGAUAAAAAAUCUAUAUGAAAAUCUAUCUGCCGUCAUCUAUUGCAGUGUGAUUGAAAAAACGACAAAAUGACCAACUGGAAGCAGAUUUUUUGCAGCCUGUGUUUACUAUCAGUGAUGUCAGCUAGUUUUGGACUGGAAGUGACAAUGAGUCAAGCUACCAUAGAGGUUGCCAGAGGUGAUGAUGUCACCCUUACAUGUAAUUUUAAACCUAAAAAGAAUGAAAACAACCUUGUCAUUAUAACAUGGACUGGUGAUGCUGAUGAGACAUCUGGACAGAAGGUCCUUUUUGGUAACUAUUACUCCAAUGGCAAUACAGACAUUGGAUCAGACUAUAAAGGCAAAGCCUUCAUAGAAACUGACCUUACUGCAAAAGCGUCAAAACUGACGCUAAAAGAAGUCACUCUUAAAGAAAGCCGAAGUAUUAGAUGUUUUGUACAGAUUCCUGGAGACAUUGAAGGCAAAUCAUCUGACACUACUUUUCUUUUGGUUCAGGUUGCACCAUCACGACCUGUUUGUAAGGUAAAGGGCACGGCAGAAUACGGACACAAUAUUAACCUAACCUGUGUUUCUGAGGAGGGCUCACCAACACCAACGUACAAAUGGGAGAGAUAUGAUUUUAGAGAUGUCAUUCAAGCAUUUCCUAUCAAAACCACUGAAAAGGAUGGAGUUCUGUCUCUGGUCAAUGUGUCUAUGGAGACAUCAGGUUACUAUAUUUGCGAGUCAACCAAUAAGGUUGGAUCAGCCAAAUGCAACAUGACAUUGACUGUAAUGCCACCCUCUAUGAAUUUUGCAACAAUAGGUAUUGUUGCUGGUUGUGUUGUUGGAGCUAUAGUCAUCAUAAUAGUCAUCAUCUGCUGCUGCCGCAGACGGAAACAGAAACAGAAAUUGAAAGAUUAUGAAAUGGAAAAUCAAGUGGUGGAAUACGAAGACAAACCACCAGUAGAAAAUGCUGAGGAUGGGAAUACAGACAACGUGGCAAUCAGUGAAGACAGAACCUACAAAGCUGGCAGUGAUGACCUCAAAAAUCACUAUGAUGACCGCAGAGGUAGCCGCGAUAACCUCAAUGAAGGUGGUCGUGAUGACCUCAGAGAUCGCUAUGAUGACCGUAGAGACCGCUACGAUGACCGCAGAGGAAGCCGUGAUGACCUCAGGGAUCGGUAUGAUGACCGCAGAGACCGUUAUGAUGACCGCAGAGGUAGCCGUGAUGACCUCAGAGAUCGGUAUGAUGAACGCAGAGGUAGCCGUGAUGAUCUCAGAGACCGAUAUGAUGACCGCAGAGGUAGCCGUGAUGACCUCAGAGAUCGGUAUGAUGAACGCAGAGGUAGCCGUGAUGAUCUCAGAGAUCGUUAUGACGACCGCAGAGACCGAUAUGAUGAGCGCAGAGGUAGCCGUGACGAUCUCAGAGACCGCUAUGACGAACGCAGAGGCAGCCGUGAUGACCUCAGAGAUCGGUAUGAUGACCAAAGAGAUCUCUAUAGAUAAAAUCAUUAAGAUCAGUAUAAGUGAUUGACAUUAUCGGUGAAGAACCACUGAAUUAUUAUGACCACCACCAAAAUUUUGAUUGCUACAAGGACAGCCACUAUGUCAAGGCCUCAGAUGGUAUCCAGUGUGUAUUUUUGUUCUGCAGUUAUUCGAACAUGUGUUGAUGUACUAUAUUGUUCUGUUGUUUUAUUACAUUUUUUUUUCUGUGUUGAUAAUCAAAUCAAUAUGUGCUGUAUCCUGCAGUAGCAAAAUGAUUCUUUUAACCUCAAUGGAUCAUGCUGAUCUUUUUAAAUUAGAUUUUACAGAAUAGAAUUUUACUUUAAUAGAACUUUAAUAGAAUUUUAUAUACAGUGUAAAGAUGUUUUGUCAUGUCUGUUAGCUAAAGUGAUUACUUUACAUUUCUAUUCUGACCGUUCUUCUGAAUCGUGUAUGUGUUCAGAUAUUUUUGUCCACGUUUUUCUUCCCGUAAGAGUGGGCCAUAUGUAAAUUUUAUGGGUCUGGCUUCCGGUCUCAUCCACGUCCAGCUAUUUUUAGCUGGUUUUGCUGCUUGAUAUUGCAAAUUGGUGUCUUACCAUACACAGUGGUUUGUAGUACAAACAGUUUUACCAUUUACUGUACGUUGUUAUUCUUUUCAUUAUUUCCCUAUAGCAGCUAAAGAACCGGAAGUUUUACCCUUAGGCUUACUUCCGCGUUGAAGAAAAAGGUGGAUAGGCAGGUGUUCACACUGGUGGGUAAAAGACACUAAUGUAAAAGACAUUUUUGUACAACUUUCCUAUAUUUAGAUGGCUGUAACUAAUCUAUGUUACACACAUCUGCUUUUCAUAGUCUAAAGGUGAUUUUAAAUUAAGUGUACUUAAUUAAAAUUAAACCAUGUUUCAUUUAUUGUUUUCCCAAUAAAAUGUGUCUUUGGAUAAAAACAAAGACAUAAACACAUAA